CUUAUUAGUUUUGCAAUCAAUAUAAUCAAAUAUAAUUUUGUCUUGUUAGAAACUUUAUAGUAUAACAAAUUAUUCUUAUGAUGAUUACACACACCAAAAUAUUUAUUAGCAACUCUUUCCUAAAUUUAGGGACUAAUGUGAAAAAAACUUGUAUCACGAGGACUGUAAUCGCUAUUAGCGGACGCCGUAUAUUUGAAGGGUUAGCGAUUUUCCCACCAAAUUUUAGGGAUUUCGAUAUCUGCGCUAUUGGUUUCUCUGGCGUUGCCAAGCUACCGCCGACGGCCUUAUCUUGCGGCCGGCAGAUUGUUCACCGCAAUGGGGACCGAGAACGUCACUCCAUCUCAGGAUGUGCUGCCCAGAAAACGACGGCGGCAGAUCUGUUCGAUAAACCCUUCUCCUGCCGCUAUCAGCAAACUCGGAGACGAUCUCCUCGUAGAAAUUCUGAUCCGCCUCCCGAACCCUGGAUCCGCCUGCCGGAGCAAAUCCGUCUGCAAGCUGUGGAACUCGCUCGUCUCCGAUCCCAGCUUCAAUCGCCGUUCCGUUUCUCGCCGCCAGAGCAUCAACGAACAAGAGCCGCCGCUGCUUCUUCCCUCGGACGACCCCCAAUCGAUCGUCCUGAGGUUCCUCCCCGUGCCCGCGGAAGCUCGGGAGUAUUUCAGAGUUCUCGAUUCCUUCAAAGACUUGGUCCUAUGUGGGUUUCGUGAGGCAUACUCAUACAGGAUGAAGGAGGAAUUCAGCAGAUUGUACUUGGUCUGCAAUCCAUUUACGAAACAGUGGAUCGCCCUUCCCCUUGCCCCUUUCACACGACAGGAUGCCAGCAGUCUCUGGGGGAUGGUUGUGGAAUGUUUCGGUCUCACAAGGUGCUCUUCACUUGGUUGGAUUCCAAGAGAAACCCAUGGCGGCAACUGGUUGUUCCAGGUUUUUCUCGAGUGUCUGGAGAUUGGAAAGCAAUCGUAAAUCUUGGAAGAAACUGUGUGAAGGGUUUUUGAAAGCACCUCCCUUGAGCUGUAAGUAUGGGAUCUCGAGCAUUCGGUUUCACUGUCUGCAUCCAGAGAGGCCUGAAAUUGUCUACUACGGUUAUCGUAAUGGUGACCGUGCUAUUAUGUCUCGUGACUUGAGCACGGGAAGAGAUGUAGAGUUUGGUGAGCUGAGACUAGUUGUACCUCAUUGGCGAUUGUUCCAGCCUAAGGUCUCUUGUUGGCCCACCCCAAUUGCUAGCUACGAGGAAUUACGAGAUAUAUACGACGAAAGCUGCCACUCUUUGAUUCAGUGUUUUUAUUAUGAAUAGGCUGAAUUACACUAUGAAAGAAACUACUUGAUACUUAUUGUUUAUUAAGAUGGAUAAUCAAUCUUAUCUUAGGUUAGAGUUAGUGUCCAAUUUGAGAAUGUGAAACUUGAUUAUGUGUCACGUUUCGCCCCCCAUUUAUGUGAUUGAACAAUUAAUUCGUGAUAACAAUAAUAAUUUUAUAGUUACCUUUUAUUUUCAUGAUGUGAUGCACCAAUUAUUUUAUCUAUACUGGCUUGAUUCCCUACAAAUGUAUCACCCUCAUUUAGGCGAGAUGAAAGAUUAACCAAAUGUUAUUUACUUAUUUUACCUUUAUCUUAAUCGUUAUCAUCACAUUCACAUCAUCAGCUAAGCCUAAACAGCAUUAUAUUACAAAUUUGCAAAGUUGAGUGACCAAUCUGAAACUACCUGGAGAUUUUUGGGACUUCAUAGCAAUUUUGCCAAAAAAAUAAAAUAAUGGAUAUCUU